AUGUCCAGCAGCGACCUCCGCACAAUGGAGAAACCUGGGGACAUGCAGCUAGCCAGUCUGGAUUCUGAGGUUUCAAGCUCUCGGCCCACCGAAGGGGUGGCUUCCGAUGCCGACGGCGGAACCACAGCGUGGUGUACGUUGUUCGGGGGGUGGCUCAUGCUCAUAGGCACAUUCGGGUACAUCAGUGCCUUCGGAGUUUAUCAGGACCUCUACACGACAGUCUACGGCAUGUCCUCCUCGCGCGCGAGCUGGAUUGGAUCGACUCAAUUGUUUUUUAUGCUUGCGGGGGCGCUACCCGCGGGCAAACUCCUCGACCUGGGUUAUUUCCGGCAUACCACCUUGUUCGGAUCUAUCCUUUUCGUCUUCUCAUUAUUCAUGCUCUCGCUCGCACACCCGGAUAAGUACUACCAGGUUUUCCUCUCUCAAGGGUUGGGUGUGGGUCUUGGUGCGGGUCUUUUGUACGUGCCCGCAUUAGCUGUUCAGGCGCAUCACUGGCGGCGACGUCGAGCCCUAGCCAUGGGGAUCACCAUCACCGGAUCGUGUAUCGGUGGCAUAUUCUUCCCCAUCAUGCUCAAUCAACUCCUCUUUCACCACGGGGUCAGUUUCGGGUGGACUGUUCGCGAUUCGGCCUUUGUCGUUCUUGGUCUGCUCGCUGUCGCCAAUCUGUUGAUGCGCGAUCGCAAGGGGGUGUCGCGAAGCGCUCUUCCUAAGCCAGAUCCGAAGUCGUUGUUGACCGACGCCCCCUACAUGAUCUCCAUCGUCGGUGUCUUCUUCGUUGAUUGGGGCUUGUUCUUCCCAUACUUCUACCUGCAAGUCUUUUCUCUUGUUCGCGGCGUCAACGCGGAUGUCUCUUUCUAUAUGCUGGCGCUCCUGAACGGAGUGUCGAUUCCUGGUCGCAUCAUACCCAAUGCCCUCGCGCCCCAGUUGGGUGUAUUCAACCUCUUGAUUUCGUCGAUUGCCGUCUGUGGUAUCCUCAUCUUUGCCAUGUUUGGUAUCAACUCGACAGCGGGCGUCGUCAUAUUUGCGAUCCUAUAUGGCUUCUUUUCCGGCGCUAUGCUCUCCCUGUUGACACCCGCCGUUGCUACGCUCUCGAAACAUGAGGGCGAGAUCGGUACUCGUCUCGGACUCGCGUUCUUCCUCACAUCGGUAGGUGUUCUGACAGGGAACCCUAUCGACGGGGCUCUUCUAGGGAACACGCUUCCAUACACCUGGGGCCGCGCUCUCGUGUUCAGCGGGGUUUGCAUGCUUGGCGGCGCGGCCAUUGUUUUCGUGGCUCGUGUCAUCCUGGCAUCGCGCAAGGGUACUCAGCGUGUCUGA